AUGUCGACGCCGGCGACCCGCGCCCUGCGCGUCGCGCUCCGCGGAGACUCCAUCCUCACCCAUCCCCGCUUCAACAAGGGCACCGCCUUCCCCGCCCACGAGCGCAAAGCCCUUGGUCUCACCGGACGCCUCCCCUUCCGCGCCAAUACCCUUGAAGAGCAGUGCCGUCGCGCAUAUGACCAGCUAAUCACCCGUGACACGCCCAUUCGCAAGAACACCUUCCUUCAGAGUCUCAAGGACCAGAAUUGGACCCUCUACUAUGGCCUGCUAAGCAGACAUCUGAAGGAGCUCAUCCCGAUCAUAUACACGCCGACGCAGGCGGAUGCAAUCGCGAACUACUCACACCUCUUCCGGCGGAGCGAGGGAAUGUUUCUGACGUUCCCGAACCAAGACACGAUGGAGGAAGACUUCCUGGAACAAACCCGGGGUCGCGACAUCCAACUGUUCGUGUGCUCUGACGCGGAAGCGAUCCUUGGUAUCGGCGACCAGGGAGUAGGGAUUGCAACUGCCAAAUCGGCUAUCUAUACCUUGCUUGGAGGGAUUGACCCAUCCAAGGCGAUAAGUGUGACACUUGACGUAGGCACGGACAACGAGGACCUGCUGAACGACGAUCUCUACGUUGGCUGGCCAAACGGCCGUGUACGUGGGAAGGCAUAUGAUAAGUUCAUCGACAAGUUCGUGCAGCUUGUACGGAAAUACCACCCACACAGCCUCCUUCACUUUGAGGAUUUCGGUGUCACUAAUGCGAAACGGCUUCUUGACUACUAUCGCGACCAACACGCGGUGUUUAACGACGACGUCCAAGGUACUGGUGCAGUGUCGCUGGCAGCGCUGCUCACCGCAGUCGGCGUGACCAAGUCGCGGCUCGCAGACCAGCGGAUUGUCAUCUAUGGCUCAGGCACGGCUGGGCUCGGUAUCACCCGCCAGCUGCGCGACGCCAUGGUGCAGAUCGACAAUAUGUCAGAGGCGGACGCGAACAAGCGCUUCUACCUCAUGGACCGGUACGGGCUCGUGCGCCAAUCGCUUGGGCCCUCGAAGAUCCGUGAGGACCUGCACGAGUUUGUACGGCCGGACGACGAGUGGACGGGUGUGCCGACGAAUGACAAGGGCGAGAUCGGGCUGUUUGACGUCGUGCGCAAGAUCAAGCCGACGGUGCUCGUCGGAUGCUCGACACGCGGGGGCGCGUUCACGGAGAAGGUCAUCCGCGAGAUGGCGCACGGCACGGACCGGCCGAUUAUCUUCCCGCUGUCGAAUCCCAGUCGCCUUGCGGAGGUCGACCCGAAGGAUGCGAACAACUGGACGGACGGGAAGGCGCUGAUGGCGAGCGGGAGCCCGUUCCCGCCGUGCAAGAACCCGCGGGGCGGAAAGGACUAUAUCGUUGCGGAGUGUAACAAUGCACUCAUAUAUCCUGGACUUGGCUACGGUGCGAUGAUCACACAGGCGCGCUCGCUUAGCGACUCGAUGAUCAUCUCGGGCGCGCGCCGGCUCGCGUCGCUGUCGCCCGCGCUGAAGGACCCGGACAGCGCGCUGCUGCCGGACUUUGCGGAGGCGCAGCACGUGAACACGGAGGUCGCGAUUGCGGUUGCGGAGCAGGCGAUCGAGGAGGGGCUCGCGGACGUGCUGUGGAAGAAGGACGAGGUGCGGGAGCACGUCGUGUCGGGCAUGUGGCAGCCCGUGUAUGCGGAUUACACCUACGACCAGGAUGGACUGCACUAG